GGGUCUUCUUGGAGAGGCCCAGUGGAAUGAGAGGAAAGCAAGGGACGCCGAAGAGGCGAAGAAGAGGAAGUGGAAUAAUUCGGGACCACCCGAUCAUUCUCGAAGAAACAACCACGGGGGUGGUGGUGGUGGCGGUGGUUCAUUCAAGGCGCCGGCCCCACCGGCAAAGAAGAACAGGGAUGCGAGGUGGCACGGACCUAGGCCACAGAACUCGGGGCCACCUAGAUGUCCCAAUUGCUCAAAACAACACUUUGGGAAGUGCAGUGAACCACCGAGGUGUUUUAAGUGCGGGAAUGCGGGCCAUAUGAAGGCCAAUUGCCCUCAAUUGAUGCAAGAGAGUGCCUCGGGAGCCGGGGGAGGGACCAUGACGGGAAGGAACCGUGCGGGACCGUCAAACGGCGGCACGGGAAGAGGCGGCGCAUCCACAAGUCAUGCCGCAUCCGUCAACCAAGGUGGGACCCAAGCCCGAGUGUACGCAAUGACCGAGGCGGACGCACGAGCAAACCCGGACUCCGUUGCAGGUUGAAGCUAGGGCUUGCUACCUGCACCUUUCUACGGGUGACAUCAAGUCAAGGAAGACGUGGUUCGUGCUUCCUCAUUUCCUUUCAAAUGACUAAACAUUGCUCAUGGAUAUUUUUAUUUGCUAUAAACUACUUUUGGGGCUUGCAUGCCCAUGUUGUUGGCCGGUUGUGGCUUAUGACUUACCGUUGAAUAUUUCCGCUAUUCAUUGGUUUAAGUGUGAUGUUGUUAUGUAUGUUUACUACUGAGUAUGGAUGGUUUAUAUUCUCGAACGCCUUGUGUAAUUAAGUGAGGUUGACUCGCGGGUGACGUCACUUGAUUAUACGGCGGUUGUACACGCGCUUGGAUUGCGGUCUGGGGCGUGACAGCGGCACGGUUAAAGUGGAGUCUGUGAGAGAGGCGAUUGAGGAAAUUGAUCGGAUAUGGAAGAUGGACCGAAGCUAGCUUGGAGGAGAUCGAUGAAGACGAAGGUGGACGCAGAGCCACAUUCAGAUCGUUUGGAAUUUUGGAUUUGAUUCGGUAUGGUUAAUAGUUUAGACAUUUUUGAAAUAUAAAACUAAAAGUGAAAAUUCGAAAGUUUAAAU